CAAUGGAAGCGUCGGAGGGAGGUGCAUGUGGACCCAGGAACAGCCGUGGAGCGUCUGCCGGUUCGAAUCCGCGGCUGUUCACACGCUGGGAGCGGCUAGAAGGGAGUGGAUCUGGAGCUGUCCAGGGGGUUGGCGUGGCUUUUUGCAACGGCCUCUCGCCUGCCCCAAAGCGCGGAAUCAAAGCCAUAUUUAUUUUCUGCGGUUUCCCCCCGUUUUGGAUUUGAAUUUUUUUUUAGUGUGUGUGUGCGCUUCCUUCUUGCAAUUGCAUGGAAAGCGGAAGGAGCCGCCCGAGAGAGAGAGAGAGAAAACUGGAAUUUUGCAGGCUGUUUGGUGGCUGGGGAAAAGGCCAGAAAGAAACAAAAGGCAGCGGAGGGAAAAUAAAAAGAAGCGGCUACAACUGCACUCUCCUUGCAAGCCGGAGGACCACGGGAUCGGGGCCGCUGCUGGCAGGCUGCAAUGAUUGCUCCCAGAGUCCUGGUGCCACGACUGUUGUAGAUGCCGCAAUCCUGGGCUCGCCACACCAACGGGGCUCUCGAUCCAGAUGCUGAGUGUGUUGGGGGCUCCAUCAUGCACAGACGUUUGCAGGCUUGAACAGACUGGGGAAGAAGACUCUUCUCCAACCGUCUGACUAUCCUGCGGUGUGCCACGAAGUUGGUGCCCCAUUUUUCUUCUGAGACGAGUCCAGCUAGCCAAUCAAAAUAGAGUCCCUCAAGGUGAAAGUUGACUUCCUGAAGGUGCCCCUCGGCCUGAAGAAGCCCACUCUGAAGGAGGCAGCGGCUGCGUUGGCAGCCGUCCCAGGGCCUGGGAGACCCAAGUCCAUCAACGUGGACCGCUACAAGGCUCGGCGUUCUGACAACAUGGACAACGAGUCGCAGUACUCGGGGUACUCCUACAAGUCGGGUCACUCGCGCAGCUCCCGGAAACACAGAGAUCGGCGGGAACGGCACCGCUCCAAAAGCCGAGAUGGGAGCCGAGGGGACAAGUCGGUGACCAUCCAGGCCCCCGGGGAGCCUUUGCUGGACAAUGAGUCGACCCGAGGAGAUGAAAGGGAUGACAACUGGGGGGAGACCACCACAGUGGUGACAGGCACGUCAGAGCACAGCAUCUCCCACGAUGACAUCACACGUAUCACAAAGGACAUGGAGGACAGCGCCCACUUGGACUGCUCACGCCACCUGGGCGUCUCGCUGGGCGGGGCCUUGGCCCUCCUCUCCUUCCUCACCCCCUUGGCCUUCAUGCUCCUGCCCCAGCUGCUGUGGGGAGAGAAACUGGAGCCCUGUGGGACACCUUGUGAGGGGCUCUUUAUCUCCGUGGCCUUCAAGCUCUUGAUCCUCCUCUUGGGCAGCUGGGCCCUCUUCUUCCGCCGCCCCAAGGCCUUCUUCCCACGCAUCUUUGUCUUCCGGGCCUUGCUCAUGGUGCUGGUUUUCCUCCUGGUGGUCUCUUACUGGCUCUUCUAUGGCGUCCGCAUCCUGGACUCGCGUGACACCAACUACCAGGGCAUCGUGCAGUAUGCUGUCUCCCUUGUGGACGCCCUCCUCUUCGUCCACUACCUGGCCGUGGUUCUUCUUGAGUUGCGGCAACUCCAGCCUCACUUCACCCUCAAGGUGGUGCGCUCUACCGAUGGGGCCAGCCGGUUUUAUAAUGUUGGCCAUCUCAGCAUCCAGCGAGUUGCAGUAUGGAUCCUCGAAAAUUACUACCACGACUUUCCGGUUUACAACCCUGCCCUGCUUAACCUGCCAAAGUCAGUUCUGUCCAAGAAAAUGUCUGGGUUCAAGGUGUACUCACUUGGAGAAGAAAACACAACCAACAACUCAACGAGCCAGUCGCGGGCUGUCAUUGCGGCAGCUGCCCGGAGGCGGGACAACAGCCACAACGAGUAUUACUACGAGGAGGCAGAGCACGAGCGCAGGGUGCGGAAACGACGGGCCAGGCUAGUGGUGGCUGUAGAAGAGGCCUUCACGCACAUCAAACGGCUCCAGGAGGAGGACCAGAAAAACCCCCGAGAGAUCAUGGACCCGCGAGAGGCAGCCCAGGCUAUCUUCGCCUCCAUGGCCCGGGCCAUGCAGAAAUACUUGCGUACCACCAAGCAGCAGCCCUACCACACAAUGGAGAGCAUCCUGCAACACUUGGAGUUCUGCAUCACCCAUGACAUGACGCCCAAGGCAUUCCUUGAACGUUACCUGACUGCUGGGCCUACCAUCCAGUACCACAAAGAUCGCUGGCUUGCUAAGCAGUGGACUCUGGUCAGCGAGGAGCCAGUGACCAACGGCCUGAAGGAUGGGGUGGUCUUCAUCCUCAAGCGCCACGACUUUAGCCUGGUGGUGAGCACCAAAAAGAUCCCUUUCUUCAAACUCUCAGAAGAGUUUGUGGACCCCAAAUCGCACAAGUUUGUGAUGCGGCUUCAGUCGGAGACCUCGGUGUGAACUGAAACCGGGGCGAGGGGCUUGAAGUCCUGGGAAUGACCUUCUGUGACGUGGGAGCAGCCAGGUGCACAACAUCUUUCUCUUUCGCUCUCGCUGGGAUUUGGAAGAGGCCAUCCAGUCGGCUGAAAGCCUUCUUGGUGUAGGCGUUUACAUCUCUGCGUCUUCUGAUGCCAACAUCAGCCACUCAGUUUCUUUUCCCUCUAGAAGUUUUUCACGGAUGCUGUUUGAGGGGAGGAGACAGCAAAUGGAGGGCGACCAAUUUCUGCCCCUCCCCGUUUCCAUUUCUCUCCAGUCCCAGUUGUGCUUGCAGCAAGCCCCCGAAGGUGCAUAGAUGCGAAGGAUGGCACAAGUUCUCCCCUCUCCUCCCACCCUCCCAAAAGACACAACUGAAAGUGCGGUGCCAAAUUUUAAGGGCUAAUUCUGUUCACUGUCUUCACCAGCAUCUCCAAACGCAGUUGGGUCUGAGGAAAUUUCUUGAAUGUUUUUUUUUUAAAGUAAAAAACGCAACCAACUAACCUCACUGCUCUGGCCUUUGAAACAUCCACCCGGUUCUGUCAUCAUCUCUCUGUCUCCAAGCCGUGGCUUGACUUGCACAGGGCUUGGCGGAACAUCCCGGAAGAAAGCGCCUCCUAAGCCAGGUGGUCGUGGCUGCUAUUUUUCAUCUUCUGUCCCUUACGUGGGCACGUGGAGGAUGAACCCAGCUGGCCCCUUGUGAUUGUUUGCAAUUCCGGUACAGAAAUAUCCCGUUUCACUUUUCUCUACUGUUCCCCCUCCCCCCCCAGCUCAACUUUUUUUCAGAACAAAAUAAAAGAGACAUGGGGUGGGAGGGGGUCGGUCAUGUUUUAAAAGGGUGAAGUGUGUUUUGUUUUUCUAAAGAAAAUGAUACUCAUCUCUGUGCUUUUAAAAGAAAUCCUGUGUGUUGUAAAUAAUUGACUUCCGUUAGUAUCACCUGAAUCAUAGUUGUGUGCACCUCUCCUCGAUUUUCCCUGUGGUUGGUGCCUCAUUCACUCAGAGGCUGUUGUGUGUUGGAAGACCCUUGGUGUGAAAUCUUGUAAGGGGGGGGGGGUACAGUGUCACAUUCUUCCUUGAUAGUUCAAGUCUAAAAUUGAAUUGUUAUUCCGCUCUUUAACUUUCAGUGCAAUAGAACAGUGGUCAAGGGGCUAUGGGUUCGGGUUGGGAGGGGUGUCACUGAACCCUGCCUGCUGUGUCCCAAACCCCUGCUGUUCUCUUGCUCCCAUUUAGAAGGACCUGCUGCUAGUGCACUUGUGCACAGAGCGAGGGCUCCAGGCCUCUCUUUGCACACAUACUGAGAAGGGUGGCAGAACGUAUAGGCAAACCAGAACGGAGGUUUCCUAUAUGGCUCUGACCUUUGGCUUGUUCCUCACUAUGACACCCCUGGUUUGUGAGUCCUGUCCCUCGAUCUGCAGCCCACAGUCAUAGCCUUGUAAUAACUUACUUUCCUUUUUCCUGUCAUAUCUACAGAAUCACAUGACUUCCUGUCGUAUGAUUGCACCUCAGUAGGGUCCUGGGUCUGGAAUGGUCAAAGAUCAUUGCAGUAGAGAGGGUUGUCACCAUAGAGAUGCCAAGGGACAGAGUGACUUUGCUCUGUGCCUAUAGCUGAAUUGUGACUGCUUUCAGUUGUUUAACUGGAAGUUUAGGCACUCUAGCCAUCUCCUUUCUCUGUGGUCUGAACUUUCAGGUACAGUGUGUACUUAUAUCAGCCACACUGAAGCAGAAAUUUGUCCAAUGUAAGAUUUGGCCAAGUAUGACUUUGUCCCUCAAACAGGCAACUCUGUCUCUUAUGAUUAAUAAUGUUAACUGCUCAGUACCUGGAGGAGAUCUGGGCUUUGCAAGGACUUCAAGAAUAAUCUAGCUGAACUCCUUCUGUUGGGUGAAGCUGAAGUCCUGUCUUUGAGCUAGAAAAGUCUUUGAACAAGUUAUCAAAGGCCUGCAGGCUGCUAAUUUCCCACCUGUACCCCAUACAGUCAGAGCUACACAUCUCCACAAAUUCCAUCAGCGCCUCUUUUGAGAAAUCAAAGAUUUUUAUUGGUCACCGCCAAUAAGUCCAAGAUGGUUAUUGGCUACCACUGUUGUCAAGGAAUGAUGACAUCACAGCACCUGUAAAUUUGUUCAUUACAUUCAUGUCCUGAACGUGGGAUUGUUUUUAUUCGCUUGUUUCUCUGGAAGGAAUCCUUUUUGUUACACAUACCUCAGGAUAUUUUUUUCUUCUGAAGGGACUCUUUGUAUCUCUGCCGCAGUUCCAAUUUAUGUAAUUUUUUUUAAAAUUGUUUUUUAAAUAAAGUAGGGCAGAGUUAGGGUCGCUCUGAGAGUGA